GCCCAGUUGGAGCUGAUGUCCAACGGCAGCUCCUUCAACGAGUUCCUCCUUCUGGCAUUUACAGACACACGAGAGCUGCAGCUCUUGCACUUCUCGCUCUUCCUGGGCACCUACCUGGCUGCCCUCCUGGGCAACGGCCUCAUCAUCACAGCAGUAACCUGCGACCACCACCUGCACACCCCCAUGUACUUCUUCCUCCUCAACCUCUCCGUUCUGGACCUUGGCACCAUCUCCACCACUGUCCCCAAAUCCAUGGUCAAUUCCCUGUGGGACACCAGAGACAUUUCCUACUUGGGAUGUGCUGCUCAAGUCUUUUUCUUUAUUUUCUUAUGUUCAACAGAGUAUUAUCUUCUCACAGUCAUGGCCUAUGACCGCUAUGUUGCCAUUUGCAAACCCCUGCACUACAACAUAAUCAUGGGCAGCAGAGCCUGUGUCAAAAUGGCAGCAGCUGCCUGGGCCAGUGGUUUUCUCAAUGCUCUCCUGCACACUGCCAACACAUUUUCCAUACCCCUCUGCCAAGGCAACACAGUGGACCAGUUCUUCUGUGAGAUCCCUCAGAUCCUCAGGCUCUCCUGCUCAGACUCCUACCUUACAGAAGUUGGGCUUAUCGUGAUUACUGCCUGUUUAGGCUUAGGGUGUUUUGUUUUCAUCAUGGUGUCCUAUGUGCAGGUCUUCACUGCUGUGCUGAGGAUGCCCUCUGAGCAGGGCCGGAACAAAGCCUUUUCCAUGUGCCUCCCGCACCUGGCUGUGGUCUUCCUGUUUGUCAGCACAAUAUUUUUUGCUCACUUGAAGCCACUCUCCCUCUCCUCCCCAGCUCUGGAUCUGGUGGUGGCUGUUCUGUACUCGGUGGUGCCUCCAACAGUGAACCCCCUCAUCUACAGCAUGAGGAACAAGGAGCUCAAGGAUGCACUGAGGAAACUCAUCCAAUGGGUACAACGUCAGCACCAAUAA